GGAAAAGAUGGCGCCCAAAAUUUUGCACACGGCACCAAAGGUUUUUGCACACGACGACCUGGCCUUUGUGGAUAAACUUCCGGAGGUCAAUAUCCCACUAAAACCAUUAAAAAAACGUAUCCAACAAAUUGAUGCAUUUUUAUGCUUAUCAACAUAUCAAUGGUAACAAACCUGUUGCAUAGUUUCACAGACGCUACGGCUGAUGCAACAUCACUUCGGCUAAUGCCACGUCGACGAGUUGCUUUCCUGACAUAUGACGUCAUUUCUCGUGUCAAGGAUAACCCGGAAGUGAAACGCUCAGGGAUGACAACAUGGAGAACACAUGGAGUGAUCUGAAGCUGAAGCUGAGCGAUUCGACCCACGACACGCUGAAAGAGCUGGGGUUUCAACACAUGACCCCUGUACAGGCAGCCUGUAUCCCACUCUUCAUGUCCAACAAAGAUGUUGCAGCGGAAGCAGUUACAGGCAGUGGGAAGACCUUGGCUUUUGUCAUCCCCAUCCUAGAGAUUCUGCAGCGGAGAACAGAGACAUUAAGGAAACAUGAGGUAGGAGCUUUAAUCAUCACACCCACCAGAGAACUGGCUCUGCAGAUAGAUGAGGUGAUAUCAGCCUUCACAAAAAGACUUCCACAGCUGAGUCAACUUCUUCUGAUUGGAGGAGGAAAUCCUGUGGCAGACAUCAAGAAAUACCAAGAAAAUGGGGCCAACAUCAUAGUGUGCACACCUGGAAGACUAGAAGACAUCCUUCGCAGGAAAGAAGACGGCUUAAACCUGGCAGGACACCUUAAGUCUUUGGAAGUGCUAGUUCUGGACGAAGCAGAUAGACUACUGGACAUGGGGUUUGAGAUGAGCAUCAACACCAUCCUGUCGUAUCUGCCCAAACAGCGCAGGACAGGUCUGUUUUCAGCCACACAGACUAAAGAGGUGGAAGCUUUGGUCAGGGCGGGCCUCAGAAACCCAGUCAGAAUCACUGUCAAGGAGAAAAACGUAGCAGAAAAUGUACAACAAAGAACACCAGCUUCAUUAGACAACCUUUACAUGAUGUGCAGGAGUGAUGAGAAGUUCAACCAUUUGGUAGCCUUCCUUCGUUCCCAUGGCAACGAGAAGCACAUGGUGUUCUUCAGCACCUGUGCAGGGGUAGACUACUUCUCCAGCGCUCUCAGAGAACUUCUAAAGAACACAAGAGUUAUGUCCAUCCAUGGGAAAAUGAAGCAGAAGAGGAACAAGAUCUUUGCACAGUUCAGACAGGCAGAAAGCGGUGUUCUGGUGUGUACUGAUGUCAUGGCCAGAGGGGUGGAUAUCCCAGAGGUCAACUGGGUUCUACAGUUCGAUCCACCAAGUAAUGCAAGUGCCUUUGUACAUCGGAGUGGGCGUACAGCCAGGAUGGGUCGGGAGGGCAGUGCUGUGGUGUUCCUACUGCCAGAGGAGGACACUUAUAUAGAGUUUAUAGCUAUCAACCAAAAGGUUACCCUGACACAGUACAGACCUGGUUAUGAGGUAAAAGAUGUGCUGCCGAAACUCAGGAAAAUGGCCUUAAAGGACAGGGCCAUGUAUGAGAAGGCCAUGCGGGCAUUCGUGUCCUUUGUCCAGUUUUACCGCAAACACGAGUGCAGCCUUAUCUUCAGGUACAAGGAUCUCCACAUCCCCAGUUUAGCCCGAGGAUUUGGGCUGUUGAAAAUUCCCAGCAUGCCUGAGCUAAGGGGCCAACAGUUCCCAGAAUUCAUUGCUGCAGAUGUUGACAUCAGCACCAUUCCAUACAAAGACAAGCAAAGGGAGAAGUUAAGGCAACAAAGGCUCAGAGAAGGUGUCACUGAUGACAAGAAGAAGAAAUUCAAACCAAAGUCAUCCUGGUCUGAUCAAAAAGAAGCAAAAGGAAGAAAGCAGGACAGAAGAAUGAGAAAAGAAAUGGCUGGGAAAAGAAAGGUAGAACAGACAUUCAAAGAAAAGGAGGAUGACUUGGCUGAGUUGGCACGAGAUACAAGGUUAUUAAAGAAGCUGAAGAAGGGAAAGAUCACUGCAGACAGCUGUGACAAAGAGCUUUGCUGGGGGAGGGGAGUGCAGGAGAGAGUGAAGAUGAUGUGGAAGGUUGAUCAUCUUAAAGGAUUCAGAUAAAAAGGCCCUGGAAACUCAACCUCACAGAAAAGCCAUUCUUCUUACAUAGUAAAGAAAUGCCAUAUUAAAACUGCUGUUUAAAGCAUUUCAUCAUGACCACAAUUGUAUACUGAUGUGUGUGACUGAUAAAUCCCAACAAGACUGAAGAAAAAUUACUUGUAGCAUAUUUUCAUAAGUAAAUUUACAUCUUGCAUACUGCCUGUAGAUUAUAAUUCAGAUAAAAAAUCUAUUGUCUUUAUGAGUACAUCAAUGUUAAUAUAAAAAAGUCAAAGCAAAGCAA